GCAAUUUGCUGGGCACUCCCAUUUCUCCCGUUUCUCCAACCAGAGAUUGGCUGGGGUGGGGGAUCCAGAUCCAGACCCGGGGCCAGAGUGUUGACUCCGGCCAGUAGGGGACGCCGGCGCGAGGCUCUGCCAGGACCCCAGCACCGCCCAGCGCAGAGCCGGACCGCCGUCUACGCCAUGCGCGUGCUGCUGCCGAUCCUGCGCACGGGUUGGGGCUGGCGCGCGUGGGCCCCAGCUGCUGCCCGCUUGCCCCCGGGAACGAGUACAGGGCCCGGGCCGCACCGCGCCAUGGCCCUCUACCGCACGGAGGAGCGCGGCCAGCCCUACACCCCCGAUUACCGCCUUUUCUUCAAGAAUGUAGCUGGUGACUACAUUUCCCCCUUUCAUGAUAUUCCUCUGAGGGUGGACUCUACAGAGGAAAAUGGCAUUCCUACAAAGAGAGCACGAAAUGAUGAAUAUGAGACUUUGUUUAAUAUGGUUGUAGAAGUACCUCGGUGGACAAAUGCUAAAAUGGAGAUUGCCACGAAGGAGCCAUUGAAUCCCAUUAAACAAGAUACAAAGGAUGGCAAGCUACGCUAUGUGGCGAAUGUCUUCCCUCACAAGGGUUAUAUAUGGAAUUAUGGUGCCCUCCCUCAGGUUCUUUCUUGUGGAGAGGUUAUUCGUGUGAAGAUCCUUGGAAUUUUGGCUCUUAUUGACCAGGGUGAAACAGACUGGAAAAUAAUUGCUAUCAAUGUGAAUGACCCUGAAGCCUCAAAGUUUCAUGAUAUUGAUGAUGUUAAGAAGUACAAACCAGGUUACUUGGAAGCUACGCUUAAUUGGCUCAGAUUUUAUAAGGUGCCAGAAGGAAAACCAGAAAACCAGUUUGCUUUUAAUGGAGAAUUCAAAAACAAGGCCUUUGCUCUUGAAGUUAUUAAAUCUACUCAUGAAUGUUGGAAAGCAUUGCUUAUGAAGAAGUGUGAUGGAGGGGCUAUAAAUUGCACAAACGUGCAGGUAUGCGACAGCCCUUUCCAUUGUACUCAAGAGGAAGCGAGAUCAAUAGUUGAACUGGUGUCCUCGUCACUGAAUAAGGAAAGUAAUGAAGAAGACACAGAGCAAGUAUGGCACUUCCUUGGCAAGUGACUGGAACAUUUGAAGUUCUGUCAUCAAGAUUCCAAUCUCCGAGGACUCCACGACUCCCUCUCCCCAAAUGCUAGAGACCAGCAGAGCUAUGAGAAUUCACUGACUUCCUGUUAAAACUUCAUUUUUUUUCCCCAACUUCUUUUGAGAUAUACAAUAUGUAAAUAAACUGAAAUUUUUGAAUUA